AAGAAAAGCGGACAUUGGACAGUGGUGCGCAUGAAACAAAGUAAAGAUUACAAUUACCUCAUACCAAUAAAGGAAAAAAUUUUGCAACGUAGAAUGGCAGACCACACUAAACUUCACGAACGAGCCACACUGUCUUAUGAUGAUCCACGCAACAUACAGCCCACAAUUGCCCCUUAUCAACCACCAGACACAAGACAGUUGGUCAAGGAACACUUAUCAAGAUUUCAGCAGCAUUCAGACAAUUUGUAGUAGACUUUGGCUUCAUUUGACAUGGAAAGAUAACAGACAUCAAACUUCGUAGUUAUGCGUCAAAAGGAUACAGCAGUCAUGGAAUUGUCAUCAUUCUGAAGUUACGUAAUUGCUUCUUGUUGCAAAUAUUGAUAUUGCCUUGCAAUGACUACAAUUGUUAUUGAAUGUCUUGUUGGUCUAAUAUUUUCUGAUCCACAGUUGUUCAGUGCUACUUUUUAUGUCUGUCUUUAUAACCUUUGUAUUUUUGUCUUUUUUUACAGAAGACUACAGCUCCGUGAACUAUGCCCCAAACAGUCAAACUAUGUUGGCAGUUUCCCCGUAUUCACCCAAAUGGCCCUUAAUUUCACUCACACUAUCCACGUUGGCCUAUUGCAUUGCAGUUGAGAAUAAUUGUUAUAACUUUCUAGUAAAGUGAAAAAACAUUUAGUGUGCAUUUCUAAUCUGUGUCAGUGCAAAUAAGUUUUUGAGCAUCUCUACUGUGUGGUUAAUUAAUAGUCUGUACUAUGUGUUCUCCACCUUUCAGAAUGACAAUAUUCACAUCUUUUAGUGUCCCACUAAAGGUAUUUUAAAUGAAGCAUUUCACACAAAUUGUGCACUAAUCCCUUGUGUAUCGCAGGUUGAGACACGACGAGUGUUGUGUUGAAUCAAGUAAACCUUAAAAAGUGCUAGGUCUGAUAAUGCACUGUGUGGUACAACUGUAAUAUUACUGCAACAGCUGUCUUUUAUUUUUGUUAUUAUACAUCAUAAAACAGAGAUCCACAAGGUACAUUAAGGGAGCAUAAAGUAGUGUAGGCUGUUGGGAAUUGUGCAGUUAUUACUAGCAUAUUACAGGAGUAUAUGACUUCCCAUUGUUAUAUUGUGCAGUCUUGUACACAUAAUCAGAUUUGUUUAAGGCUAUGAAGCAGUGUUGUGAAAUGAACUGUGAGGAGUUUGGCGUAUAUAUCAAUACUGUAGUUCAUGCUUAGUAUUCCUUUUUUAUGGAAAAAGAUCUGUACUCAAAGAAGGAUUGAUGUACUGCAUGCCGGACACAAUUAUUAAUGUAAUGCUGUUAACAAAUUACCUCUGCCUGGCAACAGAGAUUAUCCAAGCAUACUACGUGUCUAUUUGCAUAUGAAAUUAAUCCAGUAGUAGUACACUGCAGCCUUCUCAGACCCGAAUUGCCUUCAACUAAUACAGCAUGUUUGUUUACUGAUUUCCACUUGUACUACUUUUUCAGGUUAUACGUACCAUGGAAAACAAUAAGAAGAGUGGCAUUAAUCGUGUACAGACACCGGGUGCUUUCAGGACUACACAGGGACAAACUCAACCUACAAUGUCAGGGAGGCAGAGGCGUGAGUUACAGCAAAAUAGGAGAGUCAGUUCUCUUGCACCAAGGCCUGCAUCCACCGGACAGAAUGCGCAAGAACAACAUGGUCUUACUUUACAGGCAAAAAUUAACAGGCUUUCCCAGGAACGGAUGCGUCAGCUGUUCACUGUUAUUGCAGAACGUAAUCCUCAACUAGUACAGGACAUUCUGGAUGAGGAUGAGUCCAUUAACAUCCCACAUGAUGAUGAACGUAAUGCCAAACUACCUCCCCCAUGGUGCCUGUGCCAUUGCUGUAGGAGUAUGCCAACUUCUAGAGAGAGAGUCUGUUGUGGCAAUGGGCCCACAAACUGUUUGUCAUUAAUUCCGGAAAUGAGUGAAAUUGUAAUACAUCAAGGUGUACUACGUGUUGCGGAUACUUACAGGCGGUCAAUUUUCGGAAUACCCGUGGAAACUGAUGAAAACCGGCGAUACAGACAUGCUUCAUAUCGGCAGUUUACGGUCUGGCGUUACGGACGACUGGGAAGCAGAGUUCGUAGAGUAAUUCCAAGUUGCUGUGUGUGGCGAAUUCGUGACCGUUAUCCCGAUGCAUUAGGACAUUAUACUGGUUUUCUACCACAUCGGAGGGGGGGGGUUUGACUGUUAAUAUAAUUUCUAAUUUCUUUUUGUACUACCAUAGCAAACAAGCUGGUCUGCAGUGUGAUUUUUGUUUACCUAUAAAAUCUGAAUUAUUCUUAAAA